AUGUUCGCUCCAGCACCAUACACACCAGACGUUGGAUGCGCAGCAUCACCAACGAAAACUAUCCGAUUUCCAACGACUAGGUUUCUCAGCCAUGGAGCACGCUCCAAAGGGAAAGCAAUGGACUCUGGCAUGACAUCAAGAAUUUUACCAAUGACUGGAUCCCAAUCUUUGAAGUGCUCAAUAAGACGUUGUUUUCCCCAAUCACCGGUUCCUCUGUCCCAUUUGAGCUUGGAAGCAACAUCUGGAGGAUCUCUCAAAUGUGCAGCGACAUUGAAUUUCCCUGGAGUGAGCCUGGUCAUAAACAUGGCUGAUCCUUUUCCGAUCCAGACAGUAACGUCGUCUGGAACACCUGGAAUGUCGUUCACAAUACUAUCGUCAAAAACAUUUCUGUAUGCGACUGCGCCUUUGUAA